ACGACCACGGCGGACCAAGCUUUGCCUGGUAAACGUCAGUAGCUCCGUGAGCACUCAACCAGUCCAGUCGUUGCUGGUAAUUGAAACGGAGGUUAAUGUCGUGAAAGACCGUUCUGUGCAGAAACACAAUAUAUACGUGUCAUACAUAUAUUUAUUAUUAUAUACACAUAUAUGUAAUCCAGAACAUCCCUUAGUGAAAGGGUUGUUACAAUAUAUAUGGAAGAAAAUCGCGCGGUAUCUCGUAGCAACGUAAUGUAGAGCGACGCUUUAUCAUACAUAUUUACAAAUUUGAUAAAUGAAAUUUCGUACGAAUGUAUGUAGAGUAACAUCAUAUUUCUAACAUGAAAACAAAAACUAGAAAAUCGGAGAAAAAAAAUUUCGACAUAUUGGAAAGACAGUGCAUAAAUAAAGUUAAAAAAGUGCAGGAUAAAUGAUUAUUGAACUAGAAGGGCUGCCUGGCUCGUGUAUUAUUAUAUUCGUACGAGAAACUGGGCCGUGGGCUUCGAGGAAGUUAAAACCGCUACGAUUUGCCGAUACCAGUGUGGAGUAUUAACAUACAAGCGCGUCAUAAUUAUAAUAUCAAGUUUUUUUUCCGAAAAAAUAAUAAUGACGAUAAAAUUAUUGAAAAAAUGUGCGACACAAUCGAAGUGUAAACUUGUGUUAAUCGAAUUGUUUGUUUUCCGUUGAUUAUCAACCGAAGGCCCAGUGUGUUUCUUGCUUGAAUUUUUUCCAAUGUCAAUAAACGAGCGGAGACUGAAGAUUUUUUUGUCGAAAUGUGAUACACUCAAGCGAGAAAUAAACUUUUAGUAGAAAUUGUGUGUGUGUGUGGCUAACGAGCUGGGAGAGGACAGUGACACUGUUGGUUCGCACGAGGGUUAAACAGGGCCACGUGGACGCGUCGAAUAGCUCGGAAAAAUAUGUACAAGUAUGUCGGAGAGUGGCGUGCAAGCAGCGUGCGAGGAGACCGAAAAGAGGACGUCUCUGUAUUUAUUUCCGGGUCCAACGCCGCCACCUCUGCCACCGCGAUUGACGGCCCUGGUCGCUGGUGGUUCACUAGGAGGUCCCGUCAGUCUGGGUGUAGGUCAAUGGGCGAAAGAAGGCCACGAGGAAGUCGUCGGGGUAGGAGAAGACGAGGAUUCAACGGAUCCGAACAAGAGACGACGUCCGCGUCCGGGUUUGUCGCGAACGCACGCGAGGUCUGCCAGCCACGGUGGUGUACUUGCGACAUCAUCGACCGGCUGGCAAACGAACCUCGGAAAUCCGCCGACGGGAUUGGGCACCUUUUCACCUCUGCCAGGAAUAUCGACGAUAACUGGAAGUGCGCGUCCAUCGGCACUCAAAAAACCUGGACAUCAACGGGCCUUCAGUCAAGGUCAAGUCGUCGAUUUACAAAGCCAACAGCAAACUUAUGGACACAGCAGAGUCGGCUCAAAAACCGACUUUAUUUUACCACCUGGACACAGGGACGAACCACGAGCAGGGAGCAGCGGCAAAGUGCCGUCGUUUCGAGGACACUCGAGGCAGGCUUCGAGGUCGGAAUCGAUUUACACGAUAAGGCGUAGCGUCGUACCACCGUGGUGGCGCAGAGCGUGGGCGCGAUGUUUCGGUUCCUUGCCCGAGGAACCACGACUGAGGACUAUCGUUCCAAAUCACCUCGUCCCACCAAAAACACCAGCGAGUCGACAUCCGAAUGGUGUCAGGAUAGAUAACAGGGUACGCACAACAAAAUACACAACGCUUAGCUUCUUGCCGCGCAAUCUUCUCGAACAAUUUCAUCGUGUGGCGAAUCUAUACUUCAUAUUUAUCGUAUUACUCAACUGGGUGCCCGCUAUAAAUGCGUUCGGCAAAGAGGUCGCGAUGAUUCCCGUUGUAUUCGUUCUUGGUGUGACAGCACUCAAAGAUUUUUUCGAGGAUCGAAGAAGACUCGCUAGCGAUCGUCGGGUCAACAAUUCCACGUGUCGAGUUUACGUCAGUGAAAUUGAUCGUUACGCCAAAGUUCCAUGGAAAGAUGUAAAAGUCGGUGACUUGAUUCAUUUAUCUAACAACGAGAUCGUCCCUGCUGACAUAUUGUUAUUGCGGAGCAGCGAUCCUCAGGGCUUCGCGUUUCUGGACACGUGUAAUUUGGACGGCGAGACGAAUCUCAAACAGCGCCAGGUUGUUCGGGGAUUCGUCGAUCUUCAAGAUUCAUUUCAACCGUCAAAGUUUCGCUCCGUCGUCGAGGUCGAUCGACCGAGUACGAAAAUUUAUAGGUUUUACGGAGCGGUGGUUCAUCCGAAUGGUGGAAGAGUUCCAAUCACGAGCGAAAAUCUUUUGCUGCGGGAAUGUUUGCUAAAGAACACAGACUAUGUUGAGGGUAUCGUUGUAUAUUCAGGACACGAGACCAAAGCGAUGCUGAACAACGGUGGGCCAAGAUACAAGCGUUCCAAGCUAGAGCGACAGAUGAAUCUCGACAUUGUUUGGUGUGUCGUAAUUCUUAUAGUUCUCUGUAUCGUUGGUGCGAUCGGUUGCAAAAUGUGGUUAUCGACUUACGCCUCGACGAAUCAAGUGCCAUUUCUCCAUACUACGCAAGAUCCUAAUUUCGAGGGUAUGCUGACAUUCUGGACCUUCGUUAUUAUUUUACAAGUCAUGAUACCCCUGAGCCUCUACGUUACCCUGGAAAUGGCGAAAAUUGGCCAAGUCUAUCAUAUCGGCAAUGACUCAGCACUCUGUGAUCCCAUCACGGGACGCAAAGCAGAGUGUCGAGCACUCAAUAUUACUGAGGAGCUUGGACAGGUGCAAUACGUAUUUUCCGACAAAACUGGCACUCUAACGGAGAAUAAAAUGGUGUUCAGACGAUGUGCCGUAAAUGAUCAGGAUUACGCGCAUACUGGUGAAAAUGAAAAUCUUCUGCCUUGCGAACGACUUAAAGAAGAUUUGCUGAUUGGUGCUGCGCGGCAUCGUCUACAAGAGUUUCUCGUUUUACUGGCGAUAUGCAACACCGUCGUCGUUAGUUCCCACCCUCAUCAUGAUCUCAUGAAUUCGAGCGGGGUCGUCGAGGAACCUCAGAAGAACGGUAUCGCAGUUAUGAGGUAUACAAGGUUGUCAGAGUCCCGAAGCGUGACACCUCCGCCAACGGGAACGGUUCCUGUAACGGGUCAAGGUAUACUUUCCCCUGUAUCAUCAAGAUCCGAGCCUCCAUUGUCGAUAAGUGUCGCUAAUUUACCUACCAAAAUAUCUAGGCCAAGACUUCUCAAUGUACCCGCUAUGCCGAGCCUCAAUAUCGGCUUACUCGGGCGAAAAGCUUCACCGAUUGGACAGCGCGACAAUCUACCGGAUCCAACUUCUGUGGAACAACCGACGCCUGCCAUUUACGAGGCUGAAAGUCCCGAUGAGCUUGCUCUCGUUCACGCUGCUCGAACAUACGACGUCAGGCUAGUCAAAAGGACACCUCGUACCGCCAUUGUUGCCUUACCGAACAAAUCGACGCUUGCUUUCGAAAUUUUGCACGUUCUACCGUUUGAUUCGAGCAGAAAAUGUAUGUCCAUCAUAGUUCGUCAUCCAAACACAGGCGAAAUUAUACUUUACUGUAAAGGAGCAGAUUCGACGAUUCUUUCAUCAUUGGGAACAUCCGACGAGGAGACUACGUGCGUCUCCAAAAUAAGACAACAGUUGAAUUCGUACGGACGAGAAGGCUUGCGAACUCUCGCUAUGGCAAAAAGAUCCUUGUCGAACAACGAGUAUGAUGCAUGGAAACUACGACAUGCCGAGGCUGAAUUGUCUACAGAAAAUCGAGAACGCAAGAUAAGAGAUUCGUACGCCAGCCUCGAAUCGCAUCUCACGCUGCUCGGAGCUACAGGCAUUGAAGACAAAUUACAAGAUGGCGUACCGGAAACUAUCGCGGCCCUUGUGGCAGCUGGAAUCGUCGUUUGGGUUCUCACAGGAGAUAAGCCCGAGACUGCCGUUAACAUUGCCUACGCCGCUCAAUUAUUUUCACCUGCGAUGCAACUUCUUCGUCUUCAAGCGAGGUCGAAAUCAGCGGCUGAAACUCUGAUCCACGGUUAUCUCGAGGCAAUUGUCAAAGAAAAAACAACCGCGAAUGUUGGUAAUGGCACACGAGGAUUGCCGGACGUUUCUAAUGGUACGGGUGAGAUCGUAUCUAAUGUGGACGACAACGAUGGAGCGGAACGUAUCGCUCAUAGAAUUGGAAGCCCGUGGACGAGGCAGCGUGCUCUUGUAGUUGAUGGAAAAACUCUCACGUUUAUUCUCGAUCCAAGAUCUGGUCUCACCGGACCUUUCCUCGAACUGACAAGGAGCUGUUCAAGCAUCCUCGCCUGUAGAGCAACGCCAUUGCAGAAGGCUUACAUUGUGAGGGUGGUUAAAGAAAAAUUGAGUAUGCGAACGUUAGCGAUCGGUGACGGUGCCAAUGAUGUCAGUAUGAUACAGACUGCAGACGUAGGUGUGGGACUUUUUGGUAGAGAAGGAACCCAAGCGGUGAUGGCAGCAGAUUUUGCAAUUGCCAGAUUUUCGAUGCUCUCGAGACUUCUUCUUCUACACGGACAUUGGUGCUAUGAUAGGCUGGCCCGAAUGAUUUUGUACUUCUUCUACAAAAACGCUACUUUCGUCUUUUUGAUUUUUUGGUUCCAGCUGUACUGCGGAUUCUCCGGUGCAGUUAUGAUCGACCAAAUCUAUUUAAUGCUUUACAACCUUUUGUUCACGUCACUGCCACCUCUUGUAAUCGGUGUAUACGAUCGUAUAGCACCGGAGAGCGUCCUCAUCUCUACACCGGAACUUUAUAGGCGUGGAAGACUGGCCCUCGUUUAUAAACCUCAAUCUUUUUGGAUAACCAUGGCCGAUUCCCUCUAUCAAAGCAUCGUUAUAUUUUUCAUCACCGAAGCAGCCUAUCACGAUUCCGAUGUCGAUAUCUGGGAAUUUGGAACUACCAUAACUACCUCUUGUAUAAUUGUAAUGUCGAUUCACAUUGCUAUUGAGAUCAGAUCGUGGACCAUUAUUCAUGGGGGUGCGAUACUUGCCUCAUUGGGAAUAUUUUUCGGAUUUUGUCUAAUCUACAACGUCGUUUGUGUCAAUUGCAUGGGUUUACCUGGCUCGUACUGGGUCAUGCCGGUUGCAAUUUCGCGGCUCGUGUACUGGCUAACGGUUUUACUAGCUGCUGUAUUAGCAAUUUUGCCAAGAUUGAUCUUCAAAGCCGCGCGAAAUACUAUUGCACCGGAUAUGAUGCAACGAACGGCACUCGCGGUAUCUUCAAAACGACGGUCACGAAAUCGCCGUCAAGGAAUUGGAGAAAGAAGCGGAGGUGGUCUCGUUGCAGGCUGGUCGCGUUCGACCCAGCAUGCAACCAUCAGGUAACGACCGAGCAAUUAUCUUGGCAAAACAAACGCCUUAACAACCGUCGUAGCUUAGAAACUGUGGAAUGUGUCGGAGCUGCCAAGAUUUAUUUACGAGCCAAGUAAAAAAAAAAAAAAAAAGUGGUUCCACUACAGGAAUCAUUUUGGAUUCAUAAAGUGGAAUUGAACAAUCGUCGAACCUCGACACUCGAUUACUACGUAACUAGAAAGCCGCUUGCGUCGAUGAAUUUUUCUAAAAAAAGUAUGAAUCGAGCUGAUCAAUAUCGUAAUUUACGUGCCAGAUGGGAAUAUAGAUGCGCAUUCGUGUCGAAGAAAUUCGCUCGAGCAGUUGCAUUUAGCGUAGACGAAACGAGGACACUUUUCCGUGAAUCGAAUCCCGAAAACUCGCGAAUUGAGAAUCCUUUUUCUCAAGGAGUAUGUAUAAAGAUAUAUAUUUGGACGUUUUUUGCAAUCGUCCUUCACGUCAAUCGUCUAUUCCUCCCUCCCGCUCAUUAUUUCUCGUAAUCAAUUUUUUAUAAAUGAAGACGUGUGAAACAUUAUUGCAAGUUUGUGAUGCAUCAAAAGUGGCCUUCCGGUUUUUCUUGUACUCUCUCGUCCUUUAUCCCUUUUUUAAAUUCACUGAGAGACCGCUGUUCGUUGCAUUUACUGGCUGUGACUAUUAGGGGGACCAAGUCUGCUUAGUUCAAAUGCGCACGUACGCCGACAGACCAAUAUAUGUGUAUUAUUAUAUGCGAAAUUUCUCAAAGCUUGACGCUGUAAUAAUUCAAUGAAAAAUUGGUGUGUCUUUUUCCGUGUCCGUCACUCGACGUUUGACUAUCGAAACACAGUGUUAACAGGGAUAUUCGUUUAUGGUACAGGAAAAAUUUCAUUCUCGUCUUGACGAAGAAAAUUAAACGUAUAAAUACGUGUCUAUUUUCGACUUUUAAUUAUCAAGAUUUUUUAAUAUUUCAUUGACAUAUUUAUAAUCGCUUCAGAAAAUCUUGCCAACAGUGGAUUGGAAAUGAGAAUUCAAUUUUUCUUUAACGAUUAAUCGAUUUUCAAUUUUGUUUAUUCUCUGUCCCACUAUUAUUUACACUUUGCUUCGAUAUCAAUGGCACAUCAACGAAGUAUUAUUUCAAAGGAGCUCGCUCACUUUGAUGUUUUUCAUCCGCACGUUAGGAUGUUUUACUCGUUGAGUUGACUCGAAUAUUCGAUAAAAGCGUUGAGCAUGUUAUUCGUGUUUAUUUAGCCUGCUAAUCUUUCCAAAUCUCGUAACCAUUAUAACGUGAUGCCAAAAAAAAAAACAGAAUUCCGAUGUAAAUUUUUUCUUUGCUGAUUUGCACGAGUCAAAUCUAUUUUCAUAGCAUCAAAUCGCAAUGAUUUUGUUCACUUUUACCUAUUUUUUUGUUAAUACAAAAAAUCCAUUGCUCGUAAAAAAAUAUUGAUGGUAAAAACAAUAAAUUUCUUCAGGAAGAGAUAUACCAGCAAAUCAAGGCUCGUCACAUCAGAGCGAGUCAUCCUUUUAAUAUCGAAACACAUGUAUAUAAAAGAGCGUAAGUCGAAGCGCGAAAUAACACGAUCAUAGAGUUUGUGUAAAAAAAUAUAAUUGAGGCUUUCGAUUUUUGUAAUGAUUUUUUUGUACUGUAUUGUUUUUUUCUUCAACUAAAUCCAAUAUCAUUCGAAUAAUUUUAAGUUUCAAUUAUUUCUCAAUUUUAUCUUCAAUAAUAUAAUUGAACCGAAGCAUUAUUGACACUUGGAAAAAUCAGCGAAUAAUUUUCGAAAUCAUUUUAAUUUGUAAAGUGCAUAAUCAAUAAAUGCACUUCAUUUAUUGAGAGUUAAUUGGAGAACGAUUCAGCGGAUCCGGUUCUUGGGUUCGUUAAUUGAAUUCUACUAUUGACAAUGGAGAAUACCUCGAGUGUGUGAAUGUAAAAAUGUAUAUUGAAGCGUUUAGUGCACUCUUGCGGAACUGAUAAACAAAAUAUAGUGUACAGUAUUAUAAAUAUGAACAUAAAUGUAUAUUUUUUCGUCCAUGCUUGCCGAAUUCGAAUAAGACAGUACGUUGAUUCACGGUGUGGAACAUUUGCUCGCUUUAAAUGCAACUAAAUAUCACCCCUCGUACAAAUGUGUAAAUAUGUGUAUUUAAACAUGUCUACAACUAUACGAAUAUUUAGUGAAACAAUUGAUAAGAUAAAACGUGGCGAUUUUUUUAUGAGACAAAACGAGCGAAAGAAAGAAGCUCGAGCGGAUCGGAGAACGAUGCGAUGGAGCAUGUUGCAUUAUUGCAUAAACAUCGUGACCAGCUUGGUAAAUAAUUUGAUUGAAGGAUUUGAAGUGUUUAAGAUAUAUUGAUCGUUACGUGCAUCAUACUGUUGUUCAUAAAUGAUUCUAUAACACGACAAAAAAUAUCGUAAUAUUUUGAUAAAGAGAAGAAUAAAUAUCUAAUUACCGUUGUUUGCAUAUAUCUAUAUAUGUAUGAUAAUUUAUACAUAUUACGUAGAUUAUUGCCGUCAGUCAGGAGAAUUAAGUUACAAAAUGGCCUCACUAUGUAUAAUCAUAGAAAGCGUAAUUGUUACAUUGAAGAGAGAAAGAGAUAAACACUCGCGUGUACAUGAACCUAUAAAAAUAGUAUAUAUUAUAUUAUACAUAUACACAAA